AUGGCUUCUUCGGCUAUGAUUCGUAGUCUCUUCUUCGCCCUUGCUCUUUUUGCUUGCGGAGCUUACUCGCGGAAGCUGCAAGAGCUGUCCAUGGCUGAGAGGCACGAGCAGUGGAUGGCUAAGUACGGGAAGGUUUAUAAGGACGCGCCCGAGAAGGAGAUGCGGUUGCAGAUCUUUAAGGACAACGUGGAGUUCAUAGACGCCUUCAACGCAGCCGGCUAUAAGCCCUACAAGCUAAGUGCCAACGCAUUUGCCGACAUGACCAAUGGCGAGUUCAAGGCCUCUAGGACCGGGUAUAAGAGGGCCGGCAGGACCGCCAGGACUGGUGGAAUAACUUUGUUCAGGUACGAGAACGUGACCGGGGUGCCUGCCUCUCUGGACUGGAGGAAGAAAGGAGCUGUCACCGGCGUCAAGGACCAAGGACAAUGUGGAAGUUGCUGGGCUUUCUCAACCGUGGCGGCCACCGAGGGCAUCAACCAGCUAAAGACCGGCAAGCUAAUCUCCCUGUCGGAGCAAGAACUCGUAGAUUGCGACAUCAACGGCGAGGACCAAGGUUGCGAAGGUGGUCUCAUGGAGGAUGGCUUCCAAUUCAUCAUAAACAACGGAGGCGUCACUACGGAGUCUAAUUAUCCCUACGAUGCGACUGACGGAACUUGUAAGACCGCAAAAGAAGCCUCCCACGCGGCUAAAAUCACGGGCUACGAAGUCGUGCCUGCCAACAACGAGGCCACCCUGUUGAAGGCCGUGGCAAAUCAACCGGUGUCGGUGUCCAUUGAUGCCGGAGGGAGUAGUUUCCAGUUCUACUCCAGCGGCGUCUUCACGGGUGACUGCGGGACUGAUUUAGAUCACGGCGUUACGGCGGUCGGCUACGGUACCACUGCGGAUGGCACUAAGUAUUGGCUGGUGAAGAACUCCUGGGGAGAGAGUUGGGGGGAGGAAGGAUACAUAAGAAUGGAGAGAGACAUCGAUUCCAAAGAAGGCUUAUGCGGAAUCGCCAUGGAUUCAUCUUAUCCUACAGUUUAGACUAGUGAUUGGUGAAGUUGGAUGGAUUGUGCUUGUGAAUCUGUUUGAAGUCCAUGUGCGUUUUCGCUUUCCCGCUUUAACCUUUCUGUGUAAAUACGCUGGCUCCCUGAGACUGUAAAAUUCAUCUG